UCCCAUAAUGCAAUUCCGUAAAAAUGGCAUCUUACGUAAGUCGUCUGCUGCGACCAUCUCGUCGAAUUCUUUCCAAUUUUGAGAGAAAAUGUUUCGUAUUAAGAGGGACGGCAUUCAUGAGUACAUAUCAGUCUCCUCCAGGUGAGCCUAGCAUUCCAGAGUGGAAGCAGCCACAGAAUGAAACCAUUGAGCUGAAAAGAGCAAGGCUCCUUUAUCAGAGUCGGAAAAGAGGGAUGCUGGAAAAUGGAAUCAUUCUAAGCACAUUUGCUGGUCGUUAUUUAGAGGGAUUUGAUGAAGAACAACUUGACCAGUAUGAUAACCUGAUCAAUAAACCUGGCAAUGAUUGGGAUCUCUUCUAUUGGGUAGUUGAGCACAAGCCAACACCUGAGGAAUACGACCAUGGAGUCAUGGAUCUCUUGAAGACGUUUGCAAAGAAUCCUGACAUGGAAUCACGCAUCAGGCAACCUGAUCUUUCAGAGAAUGAACAGAGGCACACAUGAGAAAUGAUGACCGGUCAAGAGAAAUUAUGUCCUUCUUGAGAAAUGGACUGUUUGAAUUAAAAUAGGUCAAACCGAAUGUGGUUUAUAUUGACUUGAUCUACAAACAGAUGGUCUAAUUCUCCAAUCUUCUAACACCAUCAUGGCUUAAUCCACUUGGUCUAAUAUCAGUUUGGUCUAAUAUCCAUUUGAUCUAUCCACCACUUGGUCUCGCUGCCUUUGGUCUAAUGCCCAGACGGUCUAAUAACCACUUUUGCCUACUUAUUAUUUUGCACUUUGUCAAAUGAAAAUGUGGCUCAUAAACAGUUUAUCAAUUCACAUACACUAGGGGUGUAUAGACCAAGUGUAUUUUAGAUGGAAUGCAUAUGGCCUAAAUGGAAAGUAGACCAAGUGGUCGAUGGGCUAAAUGGCAGUUAGACCAAAUAGUAGAUGAACUGGUUGUAGGCUAAGUAUGAUUAGACCAUGUGGGACGAAACCAAAUGGAAAGUUGACCAAGUGGCAAUUUACUACUGGGCAAUUCCAUAAAA